AUGUCGCUCCAAGACAAGGUCAUCGUCAUCACCGGCGGCUCCAAGGGCAUCGGCCGCGCCAUCGCCCUGUCGGCCGCCUCGCAGGGCGCCAAGGUCGUCGUCAACUACAGCAGCGACUCCUCCGCCGCCGACGAGGUCGUCUCCAAGAUUGGCAGCGACCGCGCCAUCGCCGUCAAGGCCGACAACUCCAAGAUGCCCGAGCUGCAGAAGCUCGUCGACGCCACCGUCGACAAGUUUGGCCGCAUCGACGUGCUCAUCCCCAAUGCGGCGCUGAUGCAAAUGCGCACCGUCGAGAACACCACCGAGGAGGAUUUCGACAUCAUGUUCAACACCAACGUCAAGGGUCCAUAUUUCCUGGUUCAAAAAGCGCUUCCUCACAUGUCCGAAGGAGGCCGUAUCAUCCUCCUCUCAACGACCGUCCUCGCAUCUAGCAGUCUACCUCCCAACUACCUCCUCUACGCUUCUACGAAAGGCAGCAUCGAGCAGAUGACCAAGUACAUGGCCAAGGACCUCGCCACAAAGGGCAUCACCAUCAACGCCAUUGCCCCUGGUCCCACCGGUACAGACCUCUUCUACAAGGACAAGACGCCAGAGAUGGUGCAGCGGGUCACAAGCAUGAGCCCCUUCGGCAGGAUCGGCACGCCAGAGGAGAUUGCAGACGUUGCCAUCUUCCUUUCUGGAAAGGGCUCAUCAUGGGUUACAGGACAGGUUAUUCGUGUCAAUGGCGGAACGGCCUAA